ACCAAGGACCUAGUGACUGCUCCCUAGUGCACUGCACCUGCCAUAACUACAUCUACUCAGCCUUAUAUUGCAGUUCUACCUCACACAAUAGCCAGGCUCAAUCUCUCUCUCAUGGCUGUAGCUAUCAUUAAUUGUAGCCCUCGUGUGCGCAUGCGUAUUUUGUACGUAUGACGGGGGCGGGGCUGGUGUUCUAAUUGAAGCGCACGUACUUGGCAUGGCCGAGUUUUCUACGCUGUCCGCGGCUCUUCGGCGGGGAAGGAGGGCAGUAGCGAUCGGUCUACGACGCAGAGACCUGUCAUCUACCUCUAGCAAACGGCCGCGGGACUCCGAGCUACGGAAAGGAGGCAUGGCUCAGCUUGUGGGCAAGUUUCACAGGCCGGGAGAGAACCACCUGACUGAGGGAUACGUGGUCACGGACAAGACGCAGGCUCUGCUGCAGGAGCACCUGGAGAGGACAGGGGGAAAGGCCGUGACGAGAUUUCCUCCAGAGCCAAACGGCAUCUUGCACAUUGGACACGCUACCUCUAUCAACUUCAACUUCAACUUUGCUAAAGCACACAAAGGAGUCUGUUACUUGAGAUACGACGACACUAACCCGGGAAAAGCUGAUGAGCAGUACAUCAGACAGAUACUGGAGAUGGUGCAGUGGCUUGGCCACACGCCAGACAAGGUCACGUUUGCCUCGGACUACUUCCCCCAGCUCUACCAGCUGGCACGACGUCUCGUCUCCUCCUCCCUCGCCUUUGUCUGUCACCAGCCGCCCCACGAGGUCAGGGGUCACCACGCUCCCCCCAGUCCCUGGAGAGACAGACCUGCGGAGGAGUCUCUCCAUCUCCUUGAGGAGAUGAGGAAAGGAAAAUUCAAGGAAGGAGAGGCAACACUGAGGAUGAAGAUGGUGAUGGAGGACAGUAAAGUGGACCCAGUGGCCUACAGAGUCAGGUUUGCCCCCCACCCCAGGACCGGGACUGACUGGUGCAUCUACCCCACCUACGACUACGCCCACUGUCUCUGCGACUCUCUGGAGGACAUCACCCACUCCUUCUGCACCAAGGAGUUCCAGAUGAAGCGUUCAUCUUACUACUGGCUGUGCAAUGCUCUGGACAUGUACUGUCCGGUACAGUGGGAGUUUGGUCGUCUCAACGUCAAACACGCCCCAGUCUCCAAGAGGAAGAUACAGAGCCUCAUCCACACUGGCACUGUCAGGUCAUCUCCUCCACUGAAACCUCUGAAUAAGGGACACCUUGGAGACAUCGAAAGUGUCCUUUAUUCGGAGGUGUCCCCACACUAUUAACUGGGGCAGAGCCAAGUGUCCCAUGUUUCACUAGCUAUGUACCAUGAGGUGUUCUAUAGGACACGGUGCCCCUUAUGAACGCCUUUCUAAAACCACUUGGCUGAGACUACCUUCCUCUGGUUGUUUAUAGCGACUGGAACGAUCCUCGGCUGUUCACGCUGACUGCUCUGAGGAGGAGGGGCUUUCCACCUGAGGCCAUCAACAACUUCUGUGAACAGUAUGGAGUGAUGUUGACUACUGACGGAGCCAUACACCCUGAGUUGCUGGAGGCUUUCGUCAGAGACGAGCUGAAUCACACGGCUCCACGAGCCAUGGCAGUUCUGGACCCAGUCAAGGUGGUUGUAACAAACUGCCCGUUGACUUCGGAGACAAUAGAACUGGAGGUACCAGAUUUCCCCAAGGACCCUGCCAGAGGCUAUCACACCAUACCGCUGGGUCCCCUCAUCUACAUCGAACGCUCCGACUUCAUGGAGGAAGGAGGCCAGAGGGGGUUCCGACGUCUGACUCCCAGUCAGCCUGUGGGCCUCAAGUACACCUCCUCCACUAUAGCAGUCCAGCAAGUGCUAAAGGGUGAGAGUGGUGAGGUGGAUGAGAUACACGUGGUGAUGGAGAAGCUGUCCGAGACGGGGAGAAAGCCGCGGGCCUUCAUUCACUGGCUGUCCAACCCACUCCCCUGUCAAGUCAGACUCUACCAGAACCUGUUCACGGCUGAUGAGCAAGAUGAAAACAACACCAACCCAAGCUCCCUGCAGAUAGUGAAUGGAGCACUGGUGGAUAGAUCAGUGGAGGGAGCAAAGCCUCUAGACAAGUGGCAGUUUGAGAGGCUGGGCUACUUCUGCCUCGACUCCGAGUCCACUCACAAUCAGCUGGUGUUCAACCGAACAGCCACACUCAAGCAGGACUCUCACAACCCCAUCCCUAUUGCCCCACCUAGCAAGCAUCAUAGUCAUCAAUCAUUAUGACCUAAUCAUCAACACACUUGUUUCUGCCAAUUUAUCACACCAACAGUUGUUGCGUGUUGUUCCGUAAUAGUCUCUCAUCUUUACACUUGCUACACGAUUUUAAAGGUCAUUCAUCCUCACUCACUACAAUAACAGCUACCUAACUAUACAGUAUUCUAAUAAUAUAGUUCAUUUCUCAGAAGGAGGGCAAAAAUGCCAUGGGUGGCUCCAUGCAAUCAGCGUUUCCUGCCCACCACCUCCCAGCCUUCAUCUCCACGACGCUCCCCUCCCUCAUCCCUCCGGCGUGGUUUGUCGUCAUCUCGUCUCGGUGGGCCCCUCUCGUCCGGGUCUCCUUCAUAGCGACGUGGUGCAGGACCUUGGUCUCUGUCCUUCCAACUUCCUCCUCCACCUGGCCGGUCAGUGUCGCCAGGCACCACCACCUUGAUCGGAGUCCUCUCUUCCUCCUCUCCAACCAGCACGAUCGCGAUCAUAACCACCUUCCCUUCUUCCUCCUCCCCUCCACCCCCCAGCCACUGCUGCGAUCUUGGUCCCCCUCCCUCCCCUUCCACCUCCUCCACGCUCUGAUUCUCCCUCUCUCCCUCUCCAUCCUCCUCCACGCUCUGAUUCUCCCUCUCUCCCUCUCCAUCCUCCUCGUUCAGAGUCACCUUCCCUACCUUCCCUUCCACCCCUCCAUCCUCCUCCACCACGCUCGGAA